GCGGAGAGCAGAGCCCAGCACAUCACGCUCCGCGCUCCAUCCUCCAGCUCCUUUCUCCGCAGAAACAACGGUGGUCAAUAUGAAAUAAGCAGAGUCGCCACUCUCGUUACAUACAGAGGAUUUGUAUCCCCCAAGGGGUGGUGUUUUUUAUUACCUCUAGUUUUUCUUUUUUUUUCUUUUUUUUCUCGCCGAUCAGUCUGUGGAAUGGUCCGCGUUUUUCUCUCCGGGGUCGUUUCCACUUCAGCAUGGGUACUGCGGUGUCCAAAAGGAAGAACCUGAGGAGCGAUGCGAUAUCUUCCGUGGCCGCAAAAGUCAGAGCAGCCCGAGCUUUUGGAGAAUACCUGUCCAGUACCAAUCCAGAGAACCGCAACAGAGCAGAUCACCUUUUGUCUGACACCUUCCCCAGCCAGGACUGUGACUCCCCAGGCGUCAGCCACCUGUGUAACAAUAAUCUGACACCACAGAUCCACUGCUUACCCAUAGCUAAACCCAACCAGUCCAGCCAGUCCAAUCCCAGUGCUCAUCCACAGUCUCAGCCUCAGGGAAAAACCCUCCAGGCUCAAGCACCUUUGUGCCCCUCCAAACGUCGACUCUCUGCCGGGCGCUGCCUCUCCACGGAGGACCCGCCUGGGGCCCGAGGCCCAGAGGAGAGCGCGGUGCUGAAGCCGGCCAGGGUGUACACCAUCUCCAGGGAAGGAGGGAUGACCCUGGGGGGCCGAAGCAGUGAGGAGAGCCUGGAGCUGGAGGUGCUGAAGGGCUCCAGGGAGCAGCCUCCGUCCCAGGCCCCGGCCUCAGCCAACCACGAGCCAUCUUGCACCAGCCAGCCGUCCGCCACAGUUGCCCGCGGCAGCCAUCACCGUAGCAGCCAUCAUCGCAGCAACCAUCACCACGCCCACCAACAUCACGGGGGCCCGCCGGCGUCGCAGCCGCUGCAGAGCUCGGGGAGCGCAAACAACAUCCGGGACUGGGGGAUGAGGAGAGGGGGGUUGCGGGAGGACGAGACCCCAGACUGCGUGACCUGCAUUCGGGCUCCGUGUCAAAGCCAGCGCUCCCUGGACCUGGACACCUCACCGCAGGAUGGAGGGAAACCCCGCAAGAAACUGGAGAGGAUGUACAGCGAGGACAGAACGUCUACUGAUGACAGGGAGGACAAUCCUAAUAGCUGGUUCCCCAAAGAGAAUAUGUUCAGCUUUCAGACAGCCACCACCACCAUGCAGGCACUAUCGGCUUUCCGAGGCAUUGCUGAGAGAAAGAGGCGGAAAAGAGAGCAGGAGGCAGCCACCAUGAUGGAGAGAAAUUUCCGCAAGCAGCUCAGGAUGGUGGGCAGCCGCAGGAUGAAGGCCCAGACCUUUGCCGACCGCCGAGCCAAGAGUUUCAGCCGCUCAUGGAGUGACCCGACACCCGUCAAGCCUGACUCACUGCAUGACUCCAGAGACAGUGGCGAGCUUCAGAGCUCCUCAGGGACUCUAGAUGAAGGGGCGGACGAGUACGCUGACUGGGAGGAGGAGAGGGAGAUGGAGAGGGCGGCCUGUGAAGGAGAGGACUUCAUCCCACCUAAAAUCAUGCUGGUAUCCUCCAAGGUCCCAAAGGCUGAAUAUGUCCCAAACAUCAUUCGUAGGGACGACCCCUCCAUCAUCCCCAUUCUUUAUGACCAUGAACAUGCCACGUUUGACGACAUCCUCGAGGAGAUCGAGAAGAAGCUGACUGCUUACAGGACAGGCUGUAAAAUCUGGAACAUGCUCAUUUUCUGUCAGGUGAGUGACAGCAAAGACGGGCUGCUCUGCCAGGGCCCAAACAGAACCACUCUCACGGAUGCCUCCAUACGGACAGAAAACAUUACCAUGAGUGCCUUUCACUUAUACUCAGCUAUUGCAGUCGGUCCCUCUCUUAGUAACUCUUCCUCUCUGUCUCUCCCUCUUUCUCCCCCGCAGCUGAUUCAGACUCUGAAGAGGCUGGUGAGACCCUCCUCGGUCGACUUCAAGUCCCCACUAGAGCUGUCUGCAGAGGGCAAAGAGAUGAUCGAGAUGUACUUUGACUUCCGUCUGUUCCGCCUAUGGAAGAGCCGCCAGCACUCCAAGCUGCUGGACUACGACAACCUCUUGUGACCUGGACCGUGUUCUGUUGGCUUUUCAAGCGGUUAUCUCACGUCUGAGCCUACUGUAAGGUGACAGGGCAUUUGGUUGAAGGGGCCCACCCCAGGAGGGUCCUGGACGGGGCUCUGCGGCAGAGCUGGAGCGGUUUGCAGUGCGGUUGGGUCUUUUUUCCCCCACUCUGAGGCGACAGGGUGGCCUUUCGUAGAUUCAGCCAGCCGUGUACUUUUCCUCCCUUAUCCAUUUUCACUUUCUGCCUUUCUCUCUGAGAAAAGAGAAAUACAAGGGGACGCGAAAAAGGACGGGAAGCGAGGGACUCAUCAUCCUAGCCUAAAUGUGUCAGAAGAUUCUAACUAGAGUUAGAUUCCUGAGUUCAGAGAGAAUGUCAGAUAAAGGAGAACAGAAAAGACUCUUCCUUUCCUUGUUUGUUUUUUUUGCCUUCAGCCGACCUAUCUGCUCUUUUAAGAUGGAGGCUUAUUCGAGAAUGGAAGUAAUUUCUUUGUCAGGUGUGGAAAUUAUUCACGAGGUGAUUAGAGCUUAUAUGUAAAUAAACAAGUGCUUACUGGAGCCUUAGAGAAUAGAUUUCCAGCAUCUGUCGCCAUGCUAUCAUGUGAAAAUCUAGACUUAUUCAAAUUUAGAGUUGUCUAUUUAACACAGCUUUUUUUUUUAACAAAUAAAUGUACUAGUAUUUCGUACAGACUGUUGUAUUAACUCAGGUUAAAUCCCUUGUUUGAUAUUAAGAAUUGUACUCGCUGUUGACAACAUACUGUAGAGCAGAAUCCAAGGCCUUCAUAGCCACUCUGAGUCAUCCUCAGCGGACUGUCAGGGAUGUCGUAUUUUAGCGUGUGCGUGUCUGAAGAGCGGAGUUUUUUUUCUUCUAUAUUUUCAUAUAGUCUUUCGAGUUAACUGUAGCCGAACUGAGAGAUGUGUCCACGCAUGUUUCAUGCCAUUUUUAGCAUUACACUUGACGCUGUUGGAGCCGACACAAGCGGUUCUUUCUUGAGCCGUUGGCCGCUGAUCCUUUUUAGCGUGUGUGUUUCCACAGCGUAUGAGAGGUCGCAGGCUUUUUACAUCGUAAAAAACUAUUUUUUGAGUAAUUUUGAAUUUCUCAUUUAUGACUUGAAUCACUCAAAGUAGCAACGGAGUGGUAGAGGUGAUACGUUCCUUAGAGCUAUUGUUUGUUUCUCCUCACCACCUUAUUGUUGUUUCAGUUUGAAUGUAAAAAAACCGCGUUGUGGCAUUUCAGUGAAGAAUUCAUCUCUAAUAUCCAUUUUAAAACAUCAGGAUAGUUUUGCUAGAGUUGAAAUUACGUGUAUUUUGUGUAUUUUAGCAUUUUAAAAAACUGAAAGGUGCACUCCAGCAAUUUAGUACUGCACUUCCAGUACGUUGCGAUCUAUGGGUAAAAUUUAAAAAACACUUGAUCAUCAUCUACAUUUCCCACGAUGCAACUGGACAGCAUCUUUUUAUUACCCUCCCAGCCUGGUAAAUUUCCAUGUCUUUCACACUCUGAACAUUUAUUGCGCAGGCUUUUUGUAAAACAUGUCUGAAGCCCGAGCUGAGAAACCCAGAUGACAUCAUCGGACACUACGACAUCAUCAGGGGUAUUUUCUCGAUUUUUAAAGUGGACUGAACUUUAUGUGUACUAAAAUGAAUUGGUAGAGUGCCCUUUUAAAGCUUUACCAGGCUGAUCCUCCAUCACAUGAGACUGGGACCAUUGUAACCCAUUUUACAACAAAGGCCAGUAUUAGCCUGUUGCUGCAUUAUUGGCCUAACCCGCAUUUAUUAAAAAGUAGUUAUAUUUUCUCAAAGCAAGGCCUUACCCCAUUGUAUUGUACAGCUGUACAAUAUUCACACUAAUGAUAAAUAACUAUAUAUGUGUAUAAAUGUUAAAGUAACAUUGAACGUUUUUGGGGGAGAAUGUUGUUUUAAAGCUCAUGUCAAAUUUGGAACAGUAGACUUGCUGUUAUCAGUACCGAUUUAAGUGUAUCGUCAGAUAGGAUGAGUGACCUUUGUGGUGCUCCAUCUCAAUGGUAAAACUCAUUGUAUGUGUGUGUCCUUGAUGAGGAAUUUCAAGCAUAGUUAUACAAUGCGUGUCAUUCAUCCACAUAUGCUUCCUAACUUUAUACCCAAGCUUCCUGUGAAUGUGUGCGUCAUGACCACGGAGGGCUGAGCGCUUUCACUGCUUAUGUCUACAUCCAUGUGUUGUUGUUGCCUCCUGAACCGUGCAAGUCAACUGAGCUGGAGGAAGAGUUGGAGUGCUUGAGGAAUCGGGAUGGGGGACUCAGGUGCCAACACUAUUCAUCUUAAUGCAUCCAUGAGGACGUAGGGGCUCUAUAAGGAGAGAUUUGGGUCCAAAAUGGGACCUUUUAAGCAUUUUGAACAUCUCCUUAUUGCCAGUGACGAUGUAAGCCAUCCUGUUAAAUAUGGUUGAAGUUAGUAACUGCCAGGGAUGCACGAUCCAAUUUUUCAGUCCCUACAUCUGGGCCUUAGAUAUCGGCUGAUACCGAGUACCGAUCCAACACUAUCGUUUGAUUAAUAAGCUGUAUGCUUCGCUGUGUGCAAGUGAAAUCUUGAUUAAGAUUGUCGGUGCACCCCUAGUAACCGUCUUAAGACCACUGUUUUAUAGUAUAACUGCUUCGUACAAAGAGCAAUAAUCACUGCUUUGGAAGAGUUUGAAAUGAAAGGUUGAACUGUUGUAUCUGAAAUGACUGAAUAGGUUUUUGGUCUUGAGCCCUUUAAGUGGAUGAAGGACUGAGACACUUUCUUUUUGAAUUAUCUGGUUCCUGUUAUAAGUUUUUUAAGCAAUUUUUCUUCUAUAAAUGAUUGUAUUACUGUGAAGUAUGAUUUAGGUUUGUGCCAGUGUUUUGCAUACAACUGCUUAAAUGUUCACACUGCAGUCUACUCAUCGUAACACAAAGUAGCAUGCAUAUCACUGCAUCACUGUCAAAUGAAUUGCGAUCAUGUUAUAUAAUUAUCGUUAGACAAUAGUGAUAUACAAAAAAAAUCUAAAUUAUUUAUUUGACAUAGUUUGCUAACAAUAUACUAACAGACCUCAAUAGCAGCACAGGUUUAAUCGCACCCUCCUGGUUUUUGCUAUAAAGAGAACCAACAUAUAAGUAACAUGCUUUAUAAGUAUAAUUUAUCAUAUUUAUUAAGAAGUUUUACUGUUCUAAUUGGUUGUUGAUGCUAUUUGCUAUUAAUGCAAACUCAAAUUUUUUUUCUCUGCUCACUUGUUGACUUGUAAAUUAAGGAUAUUUCCAUUGCACUCUGCUUGACAGGGAUACCCUUUUGUUUGAUUUCCGGAGGCUUCGCAGUUUUUGUUUGUUGUAUUAUUAUUAGGGUUAAGCUGCAAUCAGUGAAACUCCACACUUAUAAAUACUGCAAACAAGCUGCUUGCUUGUUUGCAGUAUUUUUUACCAACCUCAAAAUUAAUGUAACGUCCAUUCAUGUUAAAUCAUAGAACUUUUUAUUUUUGCUCGUGCUUACAUUUCUCAAACAUUAUAUCCUGACUGCAUGUUUCAUGUGAGCAUGGACCUCAUGGCUUUUGCUGUCUUGUGUGCUCAAAUUAUCUCUUUUGCUUAAAGGUGCAGUAGGAUCUCACCUUUGUAAUUGUUAUACAUUCAUGAGUUUGUUUCAUGCUGAUGUGUACUUGUUUAAACAUCACUUACUCUCAAAAACCUUCUUCUGUAGCAAUGUACUGUGUAUGAAUAUUGCUGUAUGGUUAUUUAGAUCUGUAAAAUGUACACGAUAGGGGACACUGCUCAAGGUAUUGUCUCUAACAGCUAUGGAUGUGAAUGCCUAUUGAUUUGCAGCACUGUGGAUGAUGGAGAGAAACAAAGUAAGAUGUAUGUGGAGGCUGCUCACUGCUCUGCUCCUUUGUGUUCUGCUGGACUGCAGUCCGCCACUCAUCCUGCUCAUAUAGGACUCCUCUGCUUUCUACUCUGCUGUGACUUUUAGUAAACCCUGAUUACAUGCCUGCUCGAUUGUUGUAACUGCAUCUCAAGUCAAUGUAAUUCAUCCUGCUGCUGGGCUGGGUUAAAUUGCAAGUUGAUUUCCGCUAAAAAUUGACAGAAGCUUAAUGGAUUCCUAAUAAAUUUCUGAUCACAAUGGAAA